GAGACAGUGAUUAUCCAGGAGUCAUUGUCUGUAGGUGGUAUCCCCAAUCACCCGUGCAUUGGUGAGCAUCGCGUCGAAAGUAUUGUAGACUCGCGGUGGGAACAGCAGGUCUGUUCAAAGAUGCGGGUUUUCACAUCAGCGGUGGGCUUAAAAAGAGGUGCGGAACCGUAAUCAUGUUGCGGAUAUCCGCGCUACCGGAAAAAAUAUCCUCAUCGGCGGUCUCCGCUUCCAUUCACUUUCGCUCGCCUCUGGGUCAUACCAUGAGAACACGGGUGUUACAGGGCAGCCGGCCUCAAUGUCCAUAUCGCCUCCUUUGACUAUGGUGCAUUGAUGGCAGGCAUUUCGACCUGCGUAGGGCCUAAGCACGCCCCUCCUGUUUGUCUGCAACGGUUGUUCGUAUGCGCAGCCUUUCCUUGCCAUAGCUCAUAGCAGCCUCGGGCUGCGACUCUCCGGUGCGGCGCCUAACAAUAUUCCUGUCCAAUAAUGACAAACGGCUCGUGGAGGUAACAUAGUUACCGGGUCGAGAACCACAAUCACCGUUGAAAAGCCAUCCUCAUGCGAUGCUGGCAAGCACUGCUGGCAGCGAGCUUGGGCGGAACAACUGGAUGCAAUAUGGUCCUCGAACAACGGAUGCGACUAGGAACGUCAUUUCGACGCCUAACAGACCCGCCUCGCGUUUCGCGCUUCUCGUGACAUCGAAGCGAUUAAGGAUCAAGACCUAAGGGCCACCGCCAAGCUGCGCAGACCGAAGCGGAAUCACGAGCUGGCCUCAGAGGCCUCGGAGGCCACAUAUGAGGCCUGAGACGAGGUCGUGGACGAGUACACGUUAG